AUGAGUCCUUCUCACGACAGAGCUUUGAUAACGAAGCUUCUAAAGCUGGAGUGUCAUUUCACUUGGGCUCUGAGCAAAGAAAACGUAGACCUGUCAGAUCUUCAGACAAGGCUGGAGGAUCAAAUUGAGAUGGACCUGGGCAAGAAAGAAGGAGCAGCUCGAUCCCACUGUUUUCUAGCCUAUGUAAAAUACCUGCAAGGGUCUUCAGAUCAUGCCAUUGCAAACCUCGUCCAAUCAGAGGAGCUUGCAAGAGAACAUCAUGGCGAGGACUGUGAGCAAUUUCUCAUUGUCACGUACGGCGACUACGCCUGGCUCCAUUACCAUCGUGGAGAAUACCCUCAGUGUGAGAGCUACUUGGAGAAGCUUGCUGAUAUUAUGCAGAAGUUCCCUACAGAGUCUCCAGCUGUCCUUCACCCGGAGGUCUAUGGUGAGAAAGGCUGGACCUUUCUAAAGUUUGCCCACAAGCACCAUGACAGAGCGAGGGAGAGCUUCAAAAGAGCGUUGGAGCUGGAGCCAGACAGCAGCGAAUGGAAUGCUGGCUAUGCUGUCGCUCUUUACCGCACAGAAUACGAGACGGCAGGAGUUGAAGACUCAGAGACGGUAAAGCAACUACGAAGAGCCAUAGAGAUAAACCCACAGGAUGCAGUGCUAAGGGUUUUGUUAGGCCUGAGGCUGAAUGUUCUAGAGCAGUACAAGGAGGGCGAGGAGUUAAUAGAGGAUGCUCUCAAGAUGGACCCAAGCAACACACACGUAAUGCGUUACGUGGGCAAAUAUUUCCGCCACAGUGGUUCAGUGGAUCAGUCCAUCGCUUUGCUCGAAAGGGCCAUGGAGUGCACCCAGAACUCUGCCUUUCUUCACCAUCAGAUUGCACUGUGCUACAAGAGGAAGAAGACAGACUUGUUUGCCAUUGCAGGUGGCAGGGGCAAAGGUCGUGAGAUCUCGCAGCUCAUCCGGCAGGUCAUUUAUCACCUGGAGCUGGCCACAACCCUUAAGGCGAACUUCAUUUCUGCCAUGACCGACCUAGCACUGCACUACGGGGAGAGCGGUGACAUCGCCCGGGCUGAGGAGUUGUUUCAGGCCACGUUCGACACUGCCAGGGAGAACCAUGAGAACUUGCAGGUCAUCCACCAUUACUACGGUCAGUUUCAGCAGCACCGCAAGAAGUGUGAAACGCUGGCCAUCAAGCACUACAGAGACAGCUUGACACUUGGACCGGCAACAUAUGAGGGGAAACAGAGUGCCUUUAGCUUGAAGAAAAUGGCAGAGAAACGUCUGGCCAGAGACUGCCAAGAUGCAGAGGCCUUUGGUAUUUUGGGUUUUGUCCAUAAGGCAACAGGAGAGAGGCGCCAGGCUUUAAAGUGCUUUGAGAAAGCGCUGGAGAUCGACUCCAGCAAUGAAGAGUAUCUCAGCGCACACUGCGAGCUCAGCUUGUCUUUGCAGUAA